CCCGGCCGCCGCCGCCGCGCCCGUCCCGCGGGGCCAUGGCUGAGGCGGGAUCGGGGCCCGGCGGUGCCCGGGACGAGGAGCCGGGCAAGGAGGGAGCGGCGCCGGCCCCCAAGAAGCGGCGGCUGGCGGGCGGCGAGCGGUACGUGCCGCCGCCGCGGAAGCUGAGCACCGGCGUGAGCUUCGGCGCCGAGCACUUCGCCGAGACCUCGUACUACUUCGAGGGCGGGCUGCGCAAAGUGCGCCCCUACUACUUCGACUUCCGCACCUACUGCAAGGGCCGCUGGGUCGGGCGCAGCCUCCUGCACGUCUUCGGGACCGAGUUCCGCGCGCAGCCCCUCGACUUCUACCGCGCCGCCGCCCGGGCCGGCCGCCUGCGCCUCAACGAGGAGCCCGUCCGCGACCUGCACGUCGUGCUCAAGAACAACGACUUCCUCAGGAACACGGUGCACCGGCACGAGCCGCCGGUCACUGCCCAGCCCCUCCGGAUCCUGGCGGAGGACGAGGAGGUGGUGGUGGUGGACAAGCCCUCCUCGCUGCCCGUGCACCCCUGCGGCAGGUUCCGGCACAACACCGUCAUCUUCAUCCUGGGCAAGGAGCACGGGCUGACGGAGCUGCACACCCUGCACCGCCUGGACCGCAUGACCUCGGGCGUCCUCAUGUUCGCCAAGACCGCGGCCGUGUCCAAGAGGAUCGACGAGCAGGUCCGGGAGAGGCAGCUGGAGAAGGAGUACGUCUGCCGGGUGGUGGGGGAGUUCCCAGAGCACGAGGUGGUCUGUGAAGAGCCCAUCCUGGUCGUUUCCUACAAGGUGGGAGUGUGCCGCGUGGAUCCCAAAGGGAAACCCUGCAAAACCAUCUUCCAGAGGCUCAGCUACAACGGGAAGACCAGCGUGGUCAAGUGUCUGCCCCGCACGGGCCGCACGCACCAGAUCCGGGUCCACCUCCAGUAUCUGGGGCACCCCAUCGUCAACGAUCCCAUCUAUAACAUGGAAGCGUGGGGUCCUGACAGGGGGAAGGGCGGGAAGAUCGGGAAAACGGAUGAGGAGCUCCUGAAGGCGCUGGUGGAGGAGCAUCGUGCCAAGCAGAGCCUGGAGAUCUUGGGCAUUUCGGAGGAGGACUUGAACUCCGGUGGUGAAAAUAAAGACUGUGGGGAUUCAGGUGACUGCACAAAGUCUGCAGAGGCUGAUCCUACAAAUGGGAAUUCCUGCCCUGCUGAGGAUGUGAAGGAUCCUGAGAGGGAUGCGAAGGAUCCUCAGAGGGAUGAGAAGGAUCCUGAGAGGAAUGUGAAGGAUCCUGAGAGGAAUGACAUAGCAGCUUGUCCACCAAACUCUGAUAUCAACCUGGAAACACUUGAGAAAGACAAAGAACUCGGUUCAUGUGGGAAUCAGGACGAGCAAACGGGACAGAAGGGUUGGGAAGAGAAGGACCCUUUAUGUGUGGAGUGUAGGAUGAGCAGGCGGGACCCUUCUCCCAAGGAGCUGGUGAUGUUCCUCCACGCCCUGCGCUACAAGGGAGCAGGAUUUGAGUAUUGCUCCGACAUGCCCGAGUGGGCAAUGGAUGACUGGGAGGAAUGACCAAGGAUAUCUUGACACCUAUGGACACUGCUGGCUGGAAAAAUGGCUUGGGAAGACCAAAGACUGACUUUUCAAUGUGGUUGAGGUGAACAAACUGCCUGGGGCUGGGGUGGGAAGGAUCACUCUGUCCUGACUCCUGACACUGUGGGAAAUGAGCAGGGAAACAGGGCCUGAGGUUUAUGUUGUGCCCCCCAGUGAUCUGGCACUUGAGGGCAACGAAGACCAAACUCUGCUGGUCACUGGCAGCUUUGCCUUCACCUCAGUGGAUUCUGGAUCGAUUAUCCACAUGGAUAAUGAAGUGCAUGCACUAAAAGUCAAUAACUGGUUUGCCUGCCGGGUUCCUGCAUCUUAAAAUACGAGCUGCUGGAUGUCAUAUCAUAAAACCCCCUCUUUUUACGGUGUUUUAUUGUCAGAUUGAUUUUAAAACUCAAAUAUUGUCACUGAGAACGCUGUGAGGUAAAACCAGAGCACUGUGAUCCCAACUUGUUUUGUGCCUGCUGCUUGUCAGCAAGGUUGACUUGCCUUUAAAAUUCCUCUACCAGUAUUUGUUCAAAUAAUUAUUUAAUUUAAGGUUAGUACUUCUGGGUGCUGAUGUCUUGAUAUUGGGCUUGGCUUUGGAGGUAUUGGUCCCCAGAUUUUGUCUUUAAGAGAUUUGUUUAAUAUCAUAUUCAGUGUGACAGUCGCCUUUCAAGAUAAACAAAAGCUGCUCUAUGGACCAGAAUACUUAUUAAAAAAUAAUUUUAUAUUAA